GGUCGCAAAUCAGCCAGGUAACACACAGUCACACACACACACCACCUCCAAAAACCAUAACCAAAAACCCCUCCAUCAAAUGUUCGCCACCGCCGCCGCCGCCAUGAGAAGAGCUUCAACACUCUCCGCCGCAUCAAUAUCUCGAGCCCUCCUUUCUUCCUCCGAACACCACCUUCAUAAACCUUCCUUCAUCGCCACCGCUUCUUCUCGCCGGUGGUUUUCAUCAUCCAUCAAACCCACCUCCCCAAAUGCAUCUUUCUCCACCACCACUAAGCUUUUUACCUCGUUAGGUUGUCUCGCCGCCGCCGGUGCCAUGUUGUUUGAAGAACCGGCUCACGCCAAAGAACCGGUUAAACCGGAUCUAGCUCCAAAAGAAGUUGUUUUAUAUCAAUAUGAAUCUUGCCCUUUUUGUAAUAAGGUUAAAGCAUUUCUAGAUUACUAUGAUGUGCCAUACAAGGUUGUGGAGGUUAACCCUCUUAGUAAGAAGGAAAUCAAAUGGUCUGAUUACAAGAAGGUGCCUAUACUCAUGGUGGAUGGUGAACCGCUGCAAGAUUCAUCAGCUAUUAUUGAUCAGAUGAGAAACAAAAUUAGUCCUGUGAAAUCGACUUCACCAGCCAGUGAUGAUGAUAAUGAAGAAACGAAGUGGCGCCGGUGGGUUGAUGAUCAUUUAGUGCAUAUGCUAUCUCCAAAUAUUUACCGCAACACUUCUGAGGCUCUGGAAUCCUUUGACUAUAUCACUAGCAAUGGUAAUUUCAGCUAUACUGAAAAGUAUACAGUAAAAUAUGCUGGGGCUGCUGCUAUGUAUUUUGUGUCCAAGAAACUGAAGAAAAAAUAUAACAUCACUGAUGAAAGAAAAUCAUUGUAUGAAGCUGCAGAAACUUGGGUUGAUGCACUUGAUGGCAGGGACUUCUUAGGUGGCUCCAAGCCUAAUUUGGCUGACCUUGCUGUGUUUGGAGUGUUGAGACCUAUUCGUUAUCUGAGAUCAGGUAAAGAUAUGGUCGAACAUACCAGAAUUGGCGAGUGGUACACAAGAAUGGAAAGUGUUGUCGGUGAAUCUUCAAGAAUAAAGGCUUAAUCACACUGUAGUUUCUACCAUCCAUCUUGAAAGUGAAAUGAUAAGCAAAAAGUGAAGUAUAUAUGCAUAUUACCUCCAGUCUUGAUUAAUUUGUGUGAAAAGAUUGUCCAUUUUAGUGCUAUGAAGCCAUAGCAUGAUACGAAGUACCGUAUCGCUAAUUUUUUGCUGGAAAAGAUGAGGACCCGUGCCACGUGUAGGCUGGGAUAGAAGAAUAAUUGAACAGUCAGUAGAGUGUGACGUGAUCAUACCAUCACUAAUGCACUAAAACGUAUUAAGAUUUUGCAGUCAAAUUUGAUUUAAUGAGAGGAGUAGCACUAUUACCAUUCAUCAUCUGCUUGUUGCUCAACCAUCUUUGUAAUAAAGUGACGUAUUUUCGUA